AACGGGGUCCCCAAAUUCCACCUUGAUGCUUGAGUGAACCAAGCUGUGGAGCCAUAGAACAAAGCACAACGAUGUCUUCAAUUGACGAUAUUGAGAACCUCAUUAGCCAAGGCGAUUACCAACGUGCGCUGAGUGAAUUGGAGCAAGUCAUUAACCAAGGCCAGGCUUCCCCGAAGGCGCUCAUCCUCAGGGCCAAAUGUUUGGUGCAGCUUGGGGAGCACCAACGUGCUAUUCAGGAUCUUCAGAGUGCCAAUGAUAUGAAUCCGAAUGAGGAGGAGUCUCGAGAGAUUGGAUCUAUGGUUGAGAGCCUCUCCAAACAUGUUGUUCAGAAUAUGGAUACCACAUCAUCUCGUGCCUUGGGCGAUUCGCAAGACAGAGACCUCACCUCCACUCUGAUGAAUGGGUUGAUGUCUGGGGGAAUGGGAGGCAUGAAUAGCGGGUCAGGUCACUCGUCGCAGUUGGGUAUGCUGGCGAGCCUCUUCAGCUCCGGCUCAGGCCGUCAGUCUAACCAAGGUGGUUUCUCUCUGGGUAGUGUUGUAUCAAUGCUCUCCGGUGGUUCGCAAGGCGGUCAAGGUGGAUCCUAUGGCGGUCAGGGUGGAUCAUACGGUGGCCAAGGUGGAAGUGGUGGCCUAAGCUCCCUGCUCUCUAUGUUUGGCGGCCAAGGUCAAGGUCACGGCCAAGGUCAAGGCUCUGGAUAUGGUAGUAACGCAGGUAGCUACUAUGGAAACCAAGGUGGUAAUCAAGGUGGGAACUACAAUCCAAACCAAGGUAACAGCUCGGGAUUUGGCCAAGGAGGCAGUGGUGGUGGACUCUCCGGUAUGCUUAACUCAUUUAUGGGAGGUUCCGGCAGUGGAUCUGGUCGUCCAUCAAAUGGCAACUAUGGAUCAAACCAAGGCAGUUAUGGCGGCCAAGGUGGAUACGGAGGCCAAGGUGGAUACGAAGGCCAAGGUGGAUAUGGUGGUCAUCAUGGUGGUCGCCAUGGCGGUCCAGGUGGUCCAGGUGGUCCAGGUGGCCCAGGUGGCCCUCCUCCUCAAGGCUUUGGUGGCCAAGGUGGGGCUCAAGGCUUUGGUGGCGAUGGUUACGGAGGAAGAUAUUGAUCUUCAAGUUGUAAAACAUUUAUAUGUGACUGAAAAAAGAGAGAACAUAUACUCACAGGUUAUUCGAACCAGCAUUGA